AAAGGGGUCAGUCCGAUCGUCUUGACUGACACAGAGCGCUGGAGAGGAGAAGUGUCUUGUUCUGUCUUCUUUAGAAAUUAAUGGGGUUUUAAAUAUUUCAAGGGAACACAGAUCCACCCGGUGGUCAGUGAGGUGUUUGUUGUCUUCAUGAGCUCCAGAUGAGAAGAGAGUGAGUGAGCAGAGGUUCAGUGAACAUUCGUUUUGCAGGUGCUCGAUUCUCAUUACUAUCCAAGACAAAUUUUGUCUUAGCCCUGCGAUAUAGGAAUAAUGACUCUGGCCAAUGCCAAAUCUGGCACAGCCAUGCAGCAAGUCUUGGAUAACCUCAAGGAGCUGCCGCCUUCAACUGGAGCCAAAGACAUUGACCUCAUCUUCCUCCGUGGUAUAAUGGAAAGCCCUAUAGUCCGUUCCCUAGCUAAGGCUCAUGAGCGAUUGGAGGACGUUAAGCUGGAGGCGGUGCAGAGUAAUAAUGUGGAGUUAGUGAGUGAAAUCCUGUCUGAUAUGAGCGGUCUGAGCUGUCAUGAUGAUAACGCAGCAGAACUCUGUACGAUACUGAAGGAACCGCACUUUCAGUCCCUGUUAGAAGCUCACGACAAGGUGGCCUCUAAGUCAUAUGAAGCUCCUCCCACCAGCACCACCUGCACCAGUAUGACCAGCUCAUCCCUCAUGCCAACUGACACGGUCCGCAUGAUCAGCAUCCAGAAGAAGGCCGGAGAGCCACUGGGUGUAACAUUCCGGGUGGAGGAUGGUGACCUUGUCAUCGCGCGCGUUAUGCACGGCAGCAUGAUUGACAGGCAGGGGAUGCUACAUGCAGGAGAUGUGAUCCGGGAAGUGAACGGCCGAGAGGUGGGAAAGGACCCCAUGGCCUUACAGCACAUGCUGAGGGACUGCAACGGAAGCAUUACCCUAAAAAUCCUGCCCAGCUACACGGACGCGCCUCCAUCCGCACAGGUGUAUUUGAAGCCACAUUUCAAUUACAAUCCUGACACAGACAACCUGAUUCCUUGUAAGGAGGCGGGCCUGGCUUUCUCUAAAGGAGACAUACUGCAUAUAGUGAACAAGGAGGACCCCAACUGGUGGCAGGCAUGUAAUGUUAAAGGAGGCCUUACUGGACUGAUCCCCAGUCAGUAUCUGGAGGAGAAGAGGAAGGCGUUUGUAAGGAGAGACUUGGAUGGCUCAGGAAUUCUCUGUGGGACAUUAACUGGAAAAAAGAAGAAAAAGAAAAUGAUGUACUUAACAGCCAAGAAUGCAGAGUUUGAUCGGCACGAGUUACAGAUCUACGAGGAAUUAGCAAAGAUGCCUCCAUUCCAGAGAAAAACUCUCGUGCUGAUUGGUGCACAAGGUGUGGGCCGGCGGAGUCUCAAGAACCGUCUGAUCGUUUUAAACCCUUUACAUUACGGAACGACUGUACCUUUCACUUCUCGUCAGCCACGCGACGAUGAAAAGGACGGGCAGUCGUACUGCUUCGCGUCCAGGGAGGAGAUGGAGACGGACAUUAAAGCCAGCCGCUACCUCGAGCACGGCGAGUAUGACGGCAAUCUGUACGGAACCAAAAUCGACUCCAUACACGAGGUGGUACGCACGGGUCGCACCUGCAUAUUAGACGUCAACCCACAGGCAUUGAAGGUGCUCAAGACUUCAGAGUUUAUGCCAUUCGUAGUCUUCAUCGCUGCCCCGGAGCUGGACACACUUCGGGCCAUGCACAAAGCUGUGGUGGAUGCUGGGAUCACAACCAAACUACUGACGGAAACGGACCUAAAGAAAACAGUGGACGAAAGUGCAAAGAUCAAGCGGGCGUACAGUCACUACUUUGAUCUGACUAUAGUUAAUGACAAUCUGGACAAGGCCUUUGAGAAACUACAGGCAGCUGUGGAGCAGCUGACCGCAGAUCCGCAAUGGGUUCCUUUGAACUGGGUUUACUGAGUCACGUGGUUCCCCAGGCAACCCAUUACAUCACCUGCAUCGUCAUCAUCAUCAUCAGCACUGAUUGGUCAGUGGCACAGGACACAAGUUCACACACUGGACAUCCUGUGCCGCUGCCACCUGCUGGUCCAGGAGCACCAGUCACUAUGCAAACAUACACUAGCUAUCCAGUCAGGGCAAACGUAAAGGAAGUGUACUUAUUUAUUAACUUUUUUAUUUUCUACUGAAUAGACGUAGAUGUGAGAAUGUUACUGGGAGAAAAUGUUGACAGAUAGAAAUUUUUGAAUGACUUCAUUCGUUUUCGUAUCAGCAGCAUAAGCUGCAUUACAGUAAUGAAAGCGGCUGUCUUCACGCUGUUAUUUUAGUGUUACAAAAGAAAUGGUUUACAGUGCAGGUUUCAUCUCGUAUGUAUGUGGAUCUUUUAAAAAAAUGAAUUCAGUCACUACAGUAUGUCGAAUAUUGUAAGCAACCUCGUAGGUCAUUCUGCUUUGGACUUACUGUAUUAGUGUCAUCCUUUAGCAUCUUUAACCUGUGAAAUUCAACAGAUGCUUUUAUAAACAUCAGUUUUAAUAAUUCAUUGUGUUGUUUAAAACUGUGUCAGUAUGCAGAGUCACUGCUGUAUUUAACUAUAUGUCUCAGAAAUGACUGUGUUGAAAUGAAUUAGACUAGCUUGUGUUAUGAUCACAAGCAACAUAAUCUAUUGAUUCAGACUCGUGUGUGUCUGUCUCCUUUUCAGGCCCGUUUUAACAAGAAAUGUUAACCAUCUUGCAUAUAAACAUAAAAUGAUAUAUUUUGCAAUACAGAGAGUUGUAUUUUCUGAAAUUAAACAGCUGUCUAAUAAAUGAAUCUUAAUUUUGGA